AGUUUUUCGAUAACUUUUUUCAUGACCCACAAUGUAAAUUUAUACGAUACGUUGUUACUUUUGAAAUUCGAGAAAUAUUGAAGAUAAUGUGAAUAGAGUUUGAGUGUGCUAAAUCUGUGUCUAUAUUUUUUUACGUGUUUAUACUUUUUUCACGUAGAAUUUAACCAAGUGUCAAAGUAGCUAAGGUAAGUUAUAUUUUUAUAUUCGCAUGGCUCAAUGUUUAAAAUACGUAUCGCGCAAAAUUUUCAAAUUACAUAUCAUAAUCAUCAACUGAGAAAUUAAAGAUAGUGACGUGUGAUUGAUCGAUGCAUCGACAAUUUCUUAUCGAUUUGGUCAAUAGAAUAAAUUUGUUGACGAAGAGUGACAAGUGCAAACAACAUGUCAAUAAAUGACAAUCUUUUUUUGUUUUUCGUAACGUUUCAACUAAGAAAAUUUACAUAUUAAUGGAUGUUCGUCUGAGAAAAUCAGUGCAAAUAAGGAAAGACCUGUCUAGAAGGAUAUUAUUCACGAUACGAUGGAUAAUUAGGGCGAGAAGCAGGAAUUUCUCUUGACAAUCUAGAUCAUCUCUAAGGGGUGAAACGAUAAUAGAUACAUCGAUUCAUUUUGUAAAAUCAACAGCUGUGUGCCUUCCUCCCCCUUCCAUCUCUUGCCCUUUCAUCAUAUCCCUAUAAAAUAAACCGCACUUGGCUUCAAUGGCACAUUCAACGUCUUUCCGUCUUCGCGUUAUCAUAUUUUCUUGCUCAUUGUUAUUUAAUUCUACGCGACUAGAAACACUUGGAUCCGAAUAUCUUCUUAGGAUCUACGGAACGCGAAAUGUUUGCUAUACAAACUAUCCGCAUAGCCGUACUGCUUGCCAUUGUUUUUCUGUUUGAUAAAUGUUCCGGUUAUCCAUCGAUAAGACAAAAACAAGGAUUAACACCUUUUUGCAUAGGAUGUGGUGAUUUUUGCCACGAAUGCAAAUAUGGUAUUGCGAUGUCGAGCGUUUGCGGCAUUGAGCAGUGCGCAAAGGGGCCCGAUGAAUUGUGCGGAGGACCGCAAAACCUUCUUGGUAUUUGUGCCGAAGGUAUGCAAUGCAGCUGUAAUAAAUGUAUCGGUUGCAGCGCAGAGAAAUUUGAAUGUUCCAAGACACCAAAUCCUUGUUUGCCUCACAGAAGCUCAGAAUCCCGCGAUCUCAAUAAAUUUAGAAAAUGGUCUUCUAUCGCGAUCAAUUGAAAUCGAUUUAUAAACUUGACAAAUCGUAUCGUAAUCGGAGGAGGAUUAAACGACAGUUUUACUUCGCCAUUAUUGUUAAAUUAUACGUAUAUAGAUUGAUCGAAUAUUGUAACGAUUACCAUAAUGCAUCGAGCAAUGCUCAAUCUCCAACUAUCCAACUUAAUUAUAAUAAUAAUUUAAAAUGAAAACGGAAAAAUUAUUGGCAUUAGUACUUAAGUAUUUAUUUACUUAUACGCGAUCAUUAAGAGAGAGAAAGAGAGAAUGGGAAGAGAAAGAAAACAUUGAUAUAAAA